AACGAGUUUACUGGUCCUUCUUCUACCCUGGCAGAUGAGGGAGCGUCGACUGCUGACGAGUAGAUGAUACGUCCUGUGUCACUGACACCUCAUCCCAUCGCGUGCACGACAAACUAUGACAUCCUUCGACUUCCUCGUCAUCUCCUGCCUCUCCUCGUUUCUCGGUCGCUUCACCGUCUUUUGGACCUCGCUUAGGACACCCACAUGCAUGCUCAUAGCUUCUGAUCUGUUCAUGAUCUCCAUCUGCGUAUCUCUCCGUGGAUAUCUAUCCUCCACCCUACGCUCCUCGCAGCUUAUCGGUCUAUCAUUAUACCGCUCUCCAGCCUAUAUCAUUAUUACUAUUUAUCACUUCUAUUCCCCGUAUACCCUUUUCUACUUGUUCUCUUUGUAUUUUCUCUUCUUCUCUCUACCUCUCUUCAUAAAGCCCUCGCCAAUUUGCAUUGUCCUUCGAUGACAGCCUAACAUUAUCACAUCCCUAUACUCAUUUCUCUUCAGGAACUUUAUCGAUUUGUGAUCGGGUUUUGAAUUUACAUUUAAGUUCAAU